AUGACUGAAUUAACGGUUGAACCGACGGCUAACUUACAACUUUUACCAGAUAUUUACUUCAUAAUUGAUAAAGUAAGAGCCGAUAUUAAAAAUAACAAAUGCCCUAAUUUAGGGAAAAUGUUGGAAGACGAGGAAGAAGCGAUGAUAAUGAAAGCAGAAGAAGAAAUGGAAAAGUAUGAAGAGCAGCAAAUUGAACUUAAUGAAGAAGUGGUAGUAGAAACCGAGAAAAAGGAGGAAGUAAUAAGUGAAGAGUUAAAAAUGGAACCAGCAACUAUUAAGUUUUUAGAUGAGAAUUAUCCGAAAGAGAAAAGGGGGAGUGUUGAGAUGUUGGGUAUUGGGGGAAAAAACUUAAAAGGACAUUUAGAUUUAAGGGAGUUUGUUAAUUUAGAAAGCCAAGAGGAUUUAGAGGCUGGCAAACUUAAACUUUAUGAGGAGAAAAUGAAUGAAUUGACUGAGAAUUUUCAACAAUGUAAUGCCAUGCUCCCCGAAUUAGAGAUUAGUCAGUAUUACCGAACUAAACUGGGACGCUCCACCGUAAGUGAUGAAGUAAUUCAGGAGUUAGUAAAGGAAUUAAAUAAAUUAAAUGAUAAGGUAUUUUUAAGAGAUGUAAUCGAUGUUUCAGAACUAGAAAGAAUGAGACAACCAGGUUAUCGUCGCAUAAAUCAAGGUCUAAGGUGGGAUGCUGGACCGAUUGAAAAAGUUAAGUAUGAAAUCUGUCAAAAUAUUCUUCGUUACAAACAAGAAAAUAACCUUUCUGAACAAGAAAUGGGGGAAAGAUUAGGAAUUAAGAAGCAAGAGAAGUUGGAGUAUCUAUUAUUUUGCCACGUUGACAAGUUUACUUUGGAUAAAUUGGUUUCUUAUGCUACUGAAUUAUUUGCUCCUUUUGAAUUAAAAAUUGUUCGUCCAGGAGAAGAAAUUCAUCCUUUACCCCCGCAAG